AUGGCAAAAUUUAAAUUAACAGAAAAAGACAAAGAAAUAAGAGACAAGACUAACAUUCGUGGAAAAAUUAAAGAAGUUACUCAUUUUUCUAAUGAUAACAAAAAUUAUGCAAUAGUAAUUAAUAAAGUUUAUAACUUAUAUGCUAUUAGACUUAUUAAUUAUGAUUACGAAGACAGUGACGAGGUAAAAGUAAAAGCAAUCAAAAGAUUUCCUGAUUUAAUGAAUUUUUACAAAACAAAGGAAGAAGUCUUUGAAAAAGCCAAAGAAAUCCCAGUAAAUCCAAAAUUAAUCAAUAAAUGUGUGUACGAAUUUGAAACGCAUGAAGAUGAUGUAGAAAACAAUAUACUCUUGAUUGGCAGAACUGGUAGUGGAAAGUCUACUUUAGCUAAUGUAAUUAGUGGUAGUAAUGAUUUUAAAGAAAGUGAAGGUUCAGUUAGCAAAACUAAAAAUUUCCAAAACGAAGUCUUUGAGCAUGAAGGAAUUAAAUAUCGAGUUAUUGAUACCAUCGGAGUUGGUGACACCAAUUUAUCCCAUGAGAAAGUUAUUUUCAAGCUUGCUGAGGCUAUUUACACAAUGAAAAGAGGAAUAAAACAAAUAUUUAUAGUAUUAGGGGGAAGAUUUACUGAAGAAGAAAGGGAACUCUUUGUUAUGGCUAAAAAAAUCUUUGGAAGAGAAAUUAUUGAACAUACGACCAUUGUGAGAAACAGAUUUGAAAGCUUUGAAAAUUCCGAGAAAUGUGAUAAAGAUAGGAAAGAACUGAGUAAAGAAAAUAAAGAAAUUUCUAACUUGAUUAAUAGUUGCGGAGGUAUUGUGUAUGUAAACAACCCCCCGCUAAGUGAAAGUGAAAAAAGACGAAAAAUUGAUGAGGAAGAUAGAGAAAGUUCACGAAAAAAACUGUUCGAACACUUAAAGUCUCGCAGCAACGAAACCUACAGAAUGGAGAAUUGGGAUGAUAUGUGUGUUGGAAUUAAUGACUAUAUGAAUGCCAAAAAUUUAAAAGAAAGCGGUGAAAAUACAAAUAACCCAAAAAUAUUUGCUGAAGCACGAACUAAAAUGGAAAUAAAUAAUAUAAAACAAGAAAUUAUCGACGAAAUUAAGAAUCAAUCACUCAAAUCGGAAGACGUUGAAGCGCAUUGCUUUACUAAAGUAAAUACUUUUGCAUUUAAUGUUGAUUUUACAUUCAAACUCAAAAAUAUUUGCUCAAUUCAAUGA